AUGGAUACAUCUUUUGAUGAAGCGCUGUCUGGAUUGGGCUUACGAGCCCACCCAGACACCCCUGCGUUCACGCGUCGUGGCCCUACGCUGUCGCAGUUAGCUUCAGGUAGAGUUGGUAACCCAUGGGGUUAUGGGGGGGCUUAUGACAGUAUGUCAGGUCCCGGGUUAGAGCCAUACUCCCAAGGUGGAUCCUUGGUUGGCGGCGAUCCCUUUGUCACGCCGUCCUUGCCUUCCUGUUUGAGGGAGGGGGGUGGUAGGUUGAGGGGUGCCCCAGGAGGGGGAGUGAGGUUCUCGGACACUCUACUUGGUUCUAGGGAGGGGGACAGCCCAGAAUGGGGUAUACGGCGUAGGUGGAACUCAGCAGAGAAUCUAAUUGGCUUAGAUUCACCCAGAAAAGGUUCUGGACUCGACACUUCGUGGUCUAGGGAUAGGAAUAGGUGGGAGGAGGAUUUCUUGUCCCCCAUGGGGGGGUCAGUUAUUCCUAAUGUCUCGGCAAGGCCCACACCGGGUAGGGGGGAUGGUUUCGACUAUGGAUUUAGUUCAGGGACUUUCCCGGAACAUCAUACCCCCUCCCUGCAUCCCUAUGCUCCAGGGUCACGGAGGUUUUCGGCCCCACUCCCUCGCUCGUGGGCCGAUGAUCAGGCAGUAGGCCAGCUUAGUCAGAGUUUACCCCUGGGGGGCUUAGGUUCACGCUCACAGCGUCCCACUCCCAGACAGGAUCCCCCAGUCGCCCCUUUUUCGGAGCCAGGGAUUUCCUAUGGGAAUUAUCACCCCCCACAGGCCAGCCAAAGCUAUGACCUACUCACAGGGUCCCCACCCCCACAUGCCCAUCCUUCACAUGUGCAAGACCCUUGGGCUGGGGGGAAUACUCCCCAUCCCCAGCAUUCGGUACCCCCUAGGCUUGGCGGUUACGCUAGCACACCUAUGCCCUACCCUACCAUGAUGACUCCACCCUAUCAACAGGGACCCUCCGCUUAUCCUGGCACCACGGCCUGUGGGUUAGGGGACGAGGGGGGUAGAGUAGCUCAUGUUCGGCCCCAGUUAGGUGUUCCCGACACACAUACCCCUUUCCUUGGACCGUUGGCCCAGGGGCCCGCUCCGGUGCCCCACCUCCCCACGCCCGCCCCUCAGUACCCUAGGUCUGGGGGAUACGCGACGGGCACUGGAAGACACGCGCCUAAGUACAAGGAUUUGCGGUACGAUGGGAAAAGUAGCUGGAAGUCCUUCCUGCACAAAUUCGCUCGCUUGGCCCGUAGCCAACAGUGGACCGAGCCUGAACAGCAUGACCAAUUCUGCUUCUCCCUGGAAGGGACCGCCAGUGAUUACUACACCCUGUUGCUGGACACUGAUCGCAACCUCUCAUUGACCGACAUCCUGAGGAGAUUUGAGAAACGUUUUGGAUCCUCAGCGCCAGACCUGUCACACCAGCUGAACUUCCAGUCAGCGUCCCAGAAUGCAGGCGAGUCUUUGAGACAUUGGGCAGAUAGGGUGCUUACCCUGGCCACACAAGCCUUCCCAUCCGUGCCAGAUGUUCAUACUCACGCCAUUCCGCGGCUGUGUUAUGGCGCCGAGGACCGGGACGCAGGACUCUAUGCCCUGGAUGGCCAGCCCAAGACGGUUGAGGAAGCUGUUGAUCGGAUGCAGUAUUACCAGCAUUCGAGGCAGACUAGGUCGUCAAAGCCUAGGCGGGAUGUGAGGCAGGUAGCCCAGGAGGAGGCCCCCGAUUCUGACAAGGAACUCAGGGAGAUGCGCCAGCGCCUUCAGGAGAUAGAGAAGGAACUCCGAGGGCGGACCCCCUCUCCUCGGAGACCUUCAUCGCCACCUUUGAGCGGAAAUCGGAAGUCAGUAGGUUGCUACAAAUGCGGGGCCAUGGGGCACUUCAAGAGGGAAUGCCCGGAGCUGAAGGGGAAAACUGAGGCGAACCAGGGUCAAGGGGCCAAGGCCAAGCCUAAGGACGGCCACGAGACGCAGCAACGUUCGUCAGAACCACGAGGUGGGGAACCAAGACCCGCCAGUCGCAAUUUAGCGGAGGGCCUACGCAGCGGGAAGUCAGAGUGCUGA